AUGUACUAUAGAAGAACAAGCAGUGAUGACUCAAGUAGCCUCUCUAGGGGUGAGAGUGGCAAAGGAGUGAAACAGUCUGGAAGGCGAUGUCAUCUUUCUAGGCAUGCCAGCUUCUCCACGGGGGAUUCAGCCUCUCAGUACUCCAGUGAAAGUUCUUCAGCAGUCUCUCCUUUGUUACCAAUGGAGCCACUUAAUCCACGCCUUCCUUGGAUGAGAAGAGCUCUGACUGAGUCAUCUCGAGACAAUGACUGGACAGCAAAAUUCAAUUUUGCGAAACUCCACAGGAUAAUGGAAGAGCUGCUUGCCACUGAGCGGGAUUACGUGUGUUCGCUGGGGUACGUCCUUUCUCAUUACCUGUGUGAGAUGGAUCAGCCAGACCUCCCACCUGCCCUACGUGGUCAGCACGCUGCCAUCUUUGGGAACUUGGAAAAAAUCUAUGAAUUCCACAGUCAUGUUUUCCUCCAGGAGCUUACCAGCUGCAGAAGGGACCCCAGUCACGUG